GGGCUUUAGACUCUGAAACACACGGCGGAGGCGCCGCUAUUUUUGUCCGUAAUUUUGGGACGUGAAGAGAGGCUGCGGUCCUGGCUUGUUGGUCACAUUGUCUUCUGUCUCUGAACAUCAUGCAAAAGAUCCCAGUUUGUGCGGGUUGCAACCAGCACAUAGUGGACCGUUUCAUUCUCAAAGUGUUGGACCGCCACUGGCACAGCAAGUGCCUGAAAUGCAACGACUGCCAGUCCCAGCUGGCCGACAAGUGUUUCAGCAGGGGCGACAGCGUCUACUGCAAAGAGGACUUCUUCAAGAGAUUUGGAACCAAAUGCGCUGCCUGUCAGCAAGGUAUCCCACCGACCCAAGUCGUGCGAAGGGCGCAGGACUUUGUGUAUCACCUACACUGCUUCGCCUGCGUUGUAUGCAAGAGGCAGCUGGCGACUGGCGACGAAUAUUAUCUGAUGGAGGACAGCAGGCUGGUGUGUAAAGCUGACUACGAGACUGCUAAACAGAGAGAGGCAGACUCCACGGCGAAAAGACCACGGACCACCAUAACGGCGAAACAGCUGGAGACACUGAAAAACGCUUAUAACAACUCGCCCAAGCCGGCCAGGCACGUCCGUGAGCAGCUCUCAUCGGAAACCGGCCUGGACAUGAGAGUGGUGCAGGUGUGGUUCCAGAACAGGCGCGCGAAGGAGAAGCGGCUGAAGAAGGACGCAGGCCGACAGAGGUGGGGGCAGUAUUUCCGCAGCAUGAAGAGGUCACGGGGCGGCUCAAAGUCAGACAAGGACAGCGUUCAGGAGGAGGGCAUGGACAGUGAUGCAGAGGUCUCCUUCACAGAUGAGCCCUCCAUGUCUGACGUCAGCCAUUCCAAUGGGAUCUACAGCGGCCUAAACGAGACGUCCCCCGCCAUUGCCCGAGGAGGGGGUAACCACGGAAACUUCCCCCUAGACCAAGGGGUCAUCCCGCCACAAGACCAGUACCAUGACGUCCGAUCCAGCAGCCCGUACGGCCUGCCCCAGUCCCCGAGUUCCCUGCAGGCCCUUCCUGGACAUCAGCCGCUCAUCUCCAGCCUGGUGUACCCCGACUCUGGGUUGUCCAUCAUGGCCCAGGGCGGGCCGCCCAACAUGAGCCAGGCCAUGCGGGUGAUGGCUGGUGGUAACGGCCCCAGCUCAGACUUAUCCACGGGCUCCAGCGGUGGAUAUCCGGACUUUCCAGCGAGCCCUGCCUCCUGGCUGGACGAGGUGGACCACACUCAGUUUUAAAGACCCGUCAGUGGAAAACAUGAGAUGUACAAAAUACGUGUCUCUGGACAAAUGUCUUUUUCAUGACGUGGGAAGGACCCCUCCAUCAUGCUGUGUUUGUGACUAUAGACCGUUUGAUGAAGCCGUACCCCGUCCUUCGUUGAGCUCCUCAAAUGCCCCAAUACUUCUGCUUAGACUGCAUUUUCACUUCACAUUUCAUUCAGUCUCCAUCCGCAUGGCCAGGAUGUGGGGCAGGACUUGCAGGGAAACUAUCUAGGGUAGACCACGGACUGUCAGAGCAGCUCUCAUGAAAUGACUAAUUCAACAGAAAAUAGACUUCUGGUGGCAAUCAAUGGGCAAGGGAAAAAGGAAACAGAAAAGUAGAGUUUCACAGUUUGUAGCCCACGAGUUUGGCUUUCUGCGGCAAGACACCUCCUGAGCUUCUGCUCCGAACACCCCUCUGACAGCUGCUGAAGCUCCCUCCUCUCCUAAAAUCAUCUUGUCAGAUCUGAAAAGUCUGCAGAAUUGUCUUGAAAAACUCUAUAACAGGGCUAUUCAAAUCCUCAGGGUGCCCUCUACACCCUUCCUUUACCGGUGAGCCAGGUGUGAUGCCUCUGUGGCCAAUCAGAAUCAGUAACUAUUAAAGUACCUGGAAGAACUGAAAACAAGGCCUGGAUUUGGAAUAGAGGGCCAGAUUUGAAGAGCCCUGCUCUAGAAGGGAGAGGAGUGGAUUUCUGAAAACACCACGAUGCCUGACACCACAUUUAUUUUUUGGAGAAAAAAAAAAAAUUCCUUACUACGCAUUCCUAUUUUCUCAUCAAGUAGGAGGAAACACCAGCACUGUAUUCCCCCAGAAGUAACCAUUUUCUUUGCAUCUUUACAUAGAUCUGAUGUUAUCCCUAGAGAAAAAGUGUGUGAUUGGUGUAUGGGAAGUGGGAAGACACACUGCCUUAUGCAGCUGGCCCCAGCCAGGAAACGCCACAUCAGGCACUUCCAGCCCUAUCCACCGCUUUCACUUUUUUUCACUCUUUAUAUUCUUGUUGUACUCUUUUCGUCCGUCUGUUGCCAAAUAUCCCUUGUACUCAGUACACUUUAUAAUCAUUGGAAGCUUAAUUUUUACAGCCCCUGGAGAAAAAGAUGGAUUGACAUAAAAAUGUAAAUGUGAUCCUUUAUUAAGUGGGAGUAUUUCUAUGCAUUUGUGUGUCUCAGAUGUAUGUUAAUUAAUUUCGAAACACUGAAACCACCUGGUCAGUGUAACCG